UUAGCCCAGCUUUUGGACAUGAUGGUGGUGAUCAAGACACAACCCUUCCCUGGAAUCCACAUAGCUUGAACAGCAUUCAGCACUCUACACUGAAUGACGGAUCUGUGUCAUCGAUCAGCCAUCCAGCAUCACCAGACCAUAAUGAAUUCCUUCUUGUGACAUUAAGACGGGUAAACAUAGUUGAAGAUAUGCUUAAUCUCUUCAUGCAACCAAACGUACUGAAUGCUGAUCUAAAAAUUGAGUUUGCAAAUGAAAAAGCUUUGGACAGUGAUGGUGUCUCCAGAGAAGCAUACUCUGCAUUCUGGGAACAUUUUUUGGAGCAGUGCGAGGGGGAAGAUGAGCGAGUGCCUAGACUACGGCCAGACUAUUGUGAGAGGAAGUGGCAAGCUCUUGGAAGGCUGUGGUUGAAAGGGUACCAGGACCACAAAAUUAUACCAAUCAGAUUGUCGCCUGCUUUUAUUCUUGCCUGUUGUCAAGGACUCGAUUCUGUGGAUGAGGAACUUUUGAUGGUGUCAUUUGCCAGAUUUCUUUCAGAGAAUGAGCGUGCAUCGCUUGAAAAAGCACUACAGGGCAACACUGAUGAAACUGUUGAGGAGGACCUAAUGGACAUCUUCUCAAGAAUGGGCUCACAUUGCGUGCCCCCUAAAGACAGCUUACGAGCUGCCAUUCUAACAAUUGCACACAAAGCUCUUCUUCAAGAGCCAAAGUUUAUAAUUGACUGUUUCCACUCAAGCAUUCACAAUGUGCCAGCACUUAAAACAAAGAACAGUGUGAUGGAGCUCUAUGAAUCCAAAAGGCCAACGAACAAGAAGGUGGCCCAGAUGAUUAAGCCAUCCUGUGAAAGCCUUACUUCCCAAGAGCAGACAGCCCUUAACCACCUGCUUCGGUACGUAAGAAGCCUUGAUCAAAGAAAGCUGGAGACCUUCUUGCGGUUCUGUACAGGAUCCACUGUGCUGUGCAAAAACACAAUUGAGAUAACCUUUAAUAAACUGUCUGGUUUGAGUCGAAGGCCUGUUGCACACACAUGUGGUGCAGUGCUUGAAUUGCCAUGCACCUACAGUUCAUACCCUGAGUUUCGUCAAGAGUUUGAUAAUGUCCUGUGUGGUGAUUGCUUCACGAUGGAUAUUGUGUAAGCAGCCUAUUGUUUUGAGGUGUAAUUGCCAUUUGUAUGAAAUAGGGGUUUAACUGUUUUACAUUUAAAGCACUUGUGUUUUUUAUUCAUGUGUUAC